AUGGCGGCUCCUAAAGCUGACGGGGUAAUCACCGGAGAUAUGAACUAUGAGCAGCGUCUCUUCCAAUACACAUUGAGCACAGGGGCAGAAGAGCCUCACUUUAUAAUGUUCCGAGGUCUGCAAAGACUCAACAUCAUCCAGUUACAAAUUGAACUCGCAAAAAUAAAGAAGCUAUCCUCGGAAACCAAGCAGUUGUCAAAAACUAAGAGUGAAGAAUUGACGAAACUUCUUCACGACUAUACCAACGCCAUCCGCGACUACGAGUACCUCAACACACUAAUCCCCAUCACCGGAUCUCAAGCCCGAAACCAGCGCCUCGACAUUGAGCAAGCAUUUGCCGAAGUGGGAAACCUAUCCGAAGACCCAGGAACUUACCGUCGACUGCCGGACACCUCGAUGCUAGCCAGCGACCCACUUCGCGAUAUUCUCAAAGCUGUCCUACCAAAGUCUCUGACAUAUACCAAGAGAGAGAUACAGCGACGGACACCAGAGUUCCUUGAGGGCCAGCCGCCUGUUGAAGUCUCGGGGUUUGUGGACAAGUUGGCACGGUUUAUCGUUGCGUUUAUUGGCGGUGCGGCGCUUGUGGUACCGAUGUUGAUUAUGAGAUUGCCUGAGGUCACAUUAACAAAGAUUCUGAGGGCAUCUAACACGGACACAAUGGUAUCUACAGCGACAUAUGCCGCAGUUUUGGUAGUCUUUGUGGGAACAACAUCAUAA